AUGGCGCCUCAGCCCCCCGGCUCCGUCCUCGAGCUCCGCGCCGCCGGCAACGAGAGCUUCCGCAGCGGCCAGUACGCGGAGGCCGCCGAGCUCUACGGCCGGGCCCUCGACGUGCUGCGACAGACAGGUCCAGCCAGCCCUGAAGAAGAGAGUGUCCUCUAUUCCAACCGAGCAGCUUGCCACUUGAAGGAUGGAAACUGUACACAUUGCAUUAAAGACUGCUCGGUUGCAUUGUCUUUGGUUCCUUUUGGCAUAAAACCCUUGCUGAGGCGGGCAGCAGCCUAUGAAGCCUUGGAGAAAUACCAGCUGGCUUAUGUGGAUUACAAGACAGUGCUGCAGAUAGACUGCACUCUGCCAGCUGCACAUGAUGGAGUCAACAGGAUGACCAAAGCUCUCAUGGACACAGAUGGGCUUGAGUGGCGUCUUAAGCUGCCCCCCAUCCCCUCAGUGCCAGUCGCUGCUCAAAAAAGGUGGGAAGCAGCUCCAGGGGGUGACCAUGAGAAGGCAGCCAAAAGCAGACUCAAAGAAGCCGACACCGUAAAGAACAAAGUACCUGCUGUUGGAGACAUCGAGCGAGCCCAGGCCCUAAAGGAAGAAGGCAAUGAGCUGGUGAAAAAAGGAAAACAUAAGGAGGCUGUAGAGAAAUACACUGAGAGUCUUAAGUUCAGCAGCCUGGAGUCUGCAACCUACACCAACAGAGCCCUCUGCUACUUGUCACUGAAGAAAUACAAAGAAGCUGUAAAGGACUGCACAGAGGCUCUCAAAUUAGACUCAAAGAACAUCAAGGCAUUUUACAGACGUGCCCAGGCAUUCAAAGAACUCAAGGACUAUCAAUCCAGCCUUGAAGACGUCAACAGACUCCUGAGUAUUGAGCCAGAGAACAGCGCUGCCGCCAAGCUGAGGCAGGAAGUCAACCGGAGCUUAAAAUAAAUAAAGUCCAGGAAGGGGCAGCAAACCUGCCUGAUUUCACUCGGAGAAGCUGAGGGCCUCUUUGUCUGCUCCAGGACUGAGAGAGAA